AUGGCCAAGAGCCCUCAUUUGCUUACUGAAGUAAACAAGUUCAGCCGCUUCGUGUGCCUGAACGUUUCUGACAAAGGUGUGUGUGUUGGAGCGGGAUGCAGUAUGUCUGUUCUGAAGAGUGUGUUGGAGAGAAGUAUAAAUGAUUUCCCACCGGAGAGCACGCACAUGUUUCGGGCUCUGCUGCAGCAGAUAAAACUUGUGGGUGGACAACAGAUCCGAAACGUGGCUACAUUGGGUGGCAAUAUUGCAAGCGCAUAUCCAAACUCUGACCUGACCCCCGUCUUAGCUGCUGGAAGAUGCACUCUAGUGGCACUUUCUAAAGAUGGACGAAGGAGGGUGUCUAUCGAUAAAUAUUUUUUCCUUGGAUUUGCAAAGACAAUUCUAAAACCAGACGAGAUAGUGUUGUCCGUUUUCAUACCAGCUACAAGACCGAACGAGAUUGUCCAUGCCUUCCGACAUGCCCCGCGUAAGGAGAGCGCACUAGCUACGGUGAAUGCUGGGAUGCGCGUUUGGUUCAACGCGAACUCAAAUGUAGUGAAGGAGAUCAGUAUUUAUUAUGGAGGAGUGGGAGCCACCAUCCUCAGUGCUGAACGCGCAUGCGAACAGAUUGUAGGAAGGCCUUGGGAGGAGGCGACGUUAAGUGAUGCGUACACUGUCCAUAAAAGCACUGAAAUCAUGAAUGUCUUGGAGGGUCAGUCGGCUCAAGAUCCGGUGGGCCGACCCAUGAUGCACCGGACAGCUCUGAGUCAAGCUACAGGAGAGGCCGUAUACUGUGAUGACCUACCGCAAACUGACAGUGAACUUUUCCUCGUGAUCGUGACAAGCUCCAGGCCACACGCCAAGAUCACUCAUAUUGACUUCAGUGAAGCUCUAAAGCUGCCCGGUGUGGUGGACGUGAUCACUGCUAAAGACAUACCAGGCAAAAGGUUCAGAACCUUCAUAGGAUAUGAUGAAGAACUGCUGGCUGAAGAUGAGGUGACUUGUGUUGGUCAGAUGGUUUGCGCUGUGGUUGCCGAUUCCAAACCACACACUAAACGUGGGGCAGCAGCGGUGAAGAUCAGCUAUGAAGAUCUGCAGGAUCGCAUCUUCACUGUGGAGGAGGCCAUCGAAAAAGAGUCUUUCUUCCUACCUAGGAGAAAGAUUGAGCGAGGAGAUGUGGAAAAGGGUUUGAGAGAGGCUGAACAAGUGUACGAAGGUAAGAUUGUGUAUCAUAUUGACUUUAGUGAAGCUCUAAAGCUGCCCGGUGUGGUGAACGUGAUCACUGCUAAAGACAUACCAGGCAAAAGGAUAAACGAGUCAGUAGCUGAGACGCUGGGAAUCCCGUCCAAUCGUGUUUCUUGUCACGUUAAGCGACUGGGCGGAGCCUUUGGAGGCAAGGUCACCAAAACCGCCAUUUUGGCCUCCAUCACUGCUGUUGCUGCAUGGAAGACUGGACGGCCAGUACGAUGUGUUUUGGAGAGAGGAGAGGACAUGUUAAUUACCGGAGGACGCCACCCGGUGUGGGGAAAAUAUAAGGUAGGCUUUAUGAAGAACGGGAGGAUAACAGCAGCUGAUUUCCAGUACUAUGCCAAUUCCAACACUGCAUUCCGAGGGUUCGGUGUGCCGCAGUGCAUGCUGGUCGUUGAGAGUAUGAUCGAUGAUGUUGCACUCAAACUCGGCCGUCUGCCUGAAGAGAUCAGGGAGAUAAACUUGUACAAGGAAGUGUCCCACACUCAUUACAAGAUGGAGUUUGACCCAGAGAAUCUUGUCCGCUGUUGGAACGAGUGUAUGGAAAAAGCUGACUUCAGGCAGCGCCGGCAGGCCAUCGAUCUUUUUAAUCAGCAGAACCAGUUCAAAAAGAGAGGAAUCGCCAUUGUGCCCAUCAAAUAUGGCAUUGGGUUUGCUGAGGGCUUCCUCAACCAGGCUGCCGCUCUCGUGCAUAUUUAUAAGGAUGGGUCUGUGCUAGUGAGCCACGGCGGGACGGAAAUGGGCCAAGGCGUACACACUAAAAUACAACAGGUGGCGAGUCGAGAGCUGAAUAUUCCUGCUUCUUUGAUCCACAUCUCUGAGACCAGCACACAAUGCGUCCCGAAUACCUGCCCAUCUGCUGCGUCCUUUGGUACCGACGCUAAUGGAAUGGCUGUGAAGGAUGCCUGUCAAAUACUGUACAACAGACUAGAACCAAUCAGAAAGAAGAAUCCUAAGGGAACAUGGCAGAACUGGAUAACAACAGCAUUUUUGGAGAAGAUCAGUCUGUCAGCCACAGGAUACUACAGAGGUCACGAUCUAGACAUGGACUGGGAGAAGCAGGAAGGCAAGCCGUACGCUUACUUUACGUAUGCGGUGGGCUGCAGUGAGGUUGAGCUGGACUGUUUGACUGGAGAGUACAGGACCUUGAGGACUGAUAUUGUUGUUGAUAUCGGCAGAAGUAUAAAUCCGUCCAUUGACAUUGGUCAGAUUGAGGGAGCAUUCAUGCAGGGUCUGGGUCUCUACACCAUGGAGGAGCUCAAGUUUUCUCCGUCUGGUGUUCUGUACACACGUGGACCAGGCCAGUACAAGAUCCCGUCCUUCUGUGAUGUCCCUCUGAAGUUUAACGUCUACCUUUUAGCCGGCUCAUCCAACCCUCACGCCAUCUAUUCAUCAAAGGGAAUCGGAGAGCCGACUGUUUUUCUGGGCAGUUCUGUAUUCUUCGCUAUUAAAGACGCUGUGACUGCAGCUCGAAAAGAUGCAGAUUUAACUGGCCCCUUCCAGCUGAACAGCCCUGCCACCCCAGAGCGGGCAUGUCUGGCCUGUGCCACACACUUCACAAAGAUGGUUGCACAAAGUGGAUCAACUUCUGGACCGGCUCAGCCGUAGGCUCUGAAAAUAUGAAAACAUUAUUCUGAUUUAAAGCUUUUGAGUUGCUCUUAUCAAAUCACACAACAUUUAUUAUAUUUAUGUAGACACAAGACCUGAUUUAACAUCCAAUUAUUAUCAGCUGUUUGCUGAACGAUAAGUAAUCUACUAAAAAACAAACUAAAGAAGCUCUGCAUGCAAUCAUGUAUCAAGAACAAUUUAUAGUUAUUCACGCUUAUUAUUAACACAUCUUAAUUUCAUCUCACAUAAAUCAGUUCACUUGACAUUUAGGCUUUGCUUUAACAGCUAUUAUAAUAAAUGUGAAUUAAUCUACAUCCUA